CAUGACAAAGCCACUCGAAGAGCUAGCCAGUGAGAGAGAGGAGAGAAGGGCGAGAGUCAACAGCGAAGCCAGUCGAGAUAAAACGAGUCGACUCGAGUCGAAGUGGACUCUAACGAGCAUGGUAAAGAACGUCAGACUAGAGAGAAAGUGAGUGAGUAUGGGUGCGUGCGAGUGAGCGAUUGUGCAACGAAACGAUAUGCAUAAUUUUGAAAUAGUUGUACAUAAGUUAUAUGUAUAAACGGUGUUGGCACGUAUAGCUGAACAACUAUUGAAAGUUCUCGUGUGGUUAAAUUUUGGUAUAAUAUUAUAACUAAAUCUUUUAAUAUAUUCCAUGGCAAGUAUGAUCCUUCAAAUGUUCUCCGUCUCGUUCGUCGUGCAUACACGAUCAUACUACCAUCGCGCGAUUCGAAGACGCAGUGUAGAAACGAGAGCAAGUAGUUUACAUCAGUGAAGAAACACUAUCUACAUCGUUAUGCUGUGUGCAUGUUUUUGAAUAACAAUGUUAAAUCUUGAAUCAAGUAUCAUAUUUUCUGUUAACAUCAAUAAAAUCAUCUUAAACUGAAUCUGUUUAUUAAAAUUUAUAAUAAAGUAAAGAAACUUCAUUGUGUAAUCAAACUUGUAUAUACACGCAUCUAUAUAAUCUUUAGUAUGGUUCGAAUUUUAUUAUUUUUAUCUGUAACAAAUGAAAUCCAAUUUGGAAUCUAAUAAAUAUUGGAUAAUAAAACAUUGUAAAGCAGAGAUGCAAAUUCAAAUAUAUACUCAGUUUGAUAUAUAACGUAUAUAAUCAAUACGAUAUAAAAUCACAAAAAAAUGAGAACAUUUACGUUCAUGCUUUGUUCCGUGCUUUUAUUAUCUUUACUGCUACUCAUUAGCAAUGUGUCAUCGGCCCCUUUCUAUGAACAUGUUGCCCUUCAAGCUGCCGAUCAAUGUGAUUGGAUUGGAAGUGGUGGCGGUGGUCGCGGUGUUCGACCAGUAUAUCUACGAUGUUCCAGAGGAACAAUAUUAUGGCGUUAUCCACGAGGAGCUUUGCGCGUAGUUCUCUCGCCUCCUGUUUUAAAUGAAUUGAUAUCGAAGAUUCAUUAUGAAUUCAUUCGAAAAAAAAAUGAUAUUAAUAUGAAAAAUGAUACCAAUCCGAUUAACAACAAUAGUGCUUUUCAGUUAUUUGGUUUUCGUACUUGUACCAAGGUUUCAGGACCGAUAAGAGUAUAUUUGGAAACAGGUGGAAAACUUCGAUCAGUAUAUUCGCCAAGAGAUGGCAAACAUAAAGCUUCGCACAGAUGUUUUCACGCGAAGAAACAACCUGCAGCACUUUAUAUAGAAGCAGAAGAAUCGAAUGAAUAUCAUGAUGCGAGGCUACAAUACGAUUUGGAAUUACGAUAUAUUGAUAGUCGAAAAGAAAUAUCACGACGAUUUAACGAUGAGGAAGAAGAUUGUAGGCCAUGUUCUAUGGAUGAAUUAGCUAAAGCUUAUUGUCAAAGCGACUUCAUAGCCAGAGGUACAGUGAGUGCCGUUCAAAAACAACCAAAUUUGGAAGCUGCUGAACUUAUUCUUAGAGUAACAAAAAUUUUGCGUCGAAUUGAAGAAAACGAGAAUAACGAUGCAGAUGCCACCGAUUUCCAUGAUCACAGAAAUGUUCAUAUAAGAGUAUCAGCUGCUUGUGACGCACGCCAUGGUCAGGGCGAGUUUGUGAUAAUGGCUAAACGAAGACUCGGUGAUCUUGUUUUGGUUUGUGCACCGAGAAUAGAAACAUGGGCUAAAACAGUCCGCGAAUUAGAAAGUGCACCAUGUGUUCUUCGAAGUUAGUAUAUUCAUUUAACGAAAUACUUGUAAAUAAUUUAUUUCCUUAUUCUGAAUGAUAUGAAUAUCGAUCUCCAAACUGUGAUAUUGUUUUGUGGAAAUUUUUUGUAAAAAAUACACAAUUUUUUAGCAACAUAA